UGAAGAUGAGAAAAAGAACACAUACAUUAGUCCACAUUUUCAACCGGUGCAAUUCUUGCAUGGCGAGGCAAACAGCACACAAUCGAUCACGGCAUAUGGUCGCAAUCCUUUUGAACCAUCGCAACUGCAUCCAUCGAAUCAAGCGUGAUGAACGUGAAUGGUGAAGAUAUCUUAUCUGCUGGACGAUGGGUAGCUCUUAAUGAUGCCAACGAAGCUGUGGAGUCAGACGCAGCCGGCGAGUCAAACGAUGAAGAGACGUACAACAGCUCUGACGGCGAAGGAUCGGACCAUGAGGAGGAGGAGGUUGCUGUCAAUCCAGCUCUCCCGAUUGGUGGUGGAAUUCGGAUGCGACUUUCCGAUGCUGAACGCCAGUGGGCGAUUGCCAUCAAAGAAGCCAUAUCGCAAGACCCAGACUUGGAUAGUUUAUCCGAUUUUGAGAUUACCCAAUUCGCCCUGGUUCAACAAGAUGACAUGGAGGCUGUGCUGGAACGUGUCCACAAAAUGCAAGCCUUCAAACAAGAAUAUAGCACUGUUGACAACUUAGGAUCUGCAAAGAGAGUCCUUCAACGAUGCAUGGAUCUAUUUCCGGGGCUCUUCCUGUCCCUUUCCUACAGCCAACCAUUAGAAAGGUACAUAGUUGCAAUCGAUAUGACCAAAUUCUUCAAGAAUCGUGUGGACAAUGAUGAAAAUGCAUUGAAAGCAUGGAUGAAUUUUGGAUACUACAUGUUCCAUUCCAUGAAUCCAGAUUUUGAAUCUGUGCGACAAGGUGUUAUUUUGCUUGUCGAGUGUGGAGGGUUCUGUUGGCACAGAAAUGUUAAUUUGGAGCUGUUCAAGAUGUUUUGGUUGGAUUUUGUCUCUGCGUAUCCCAUAAAAAUGAAGAAGAUCAGGCACUUCCAUACAAGUCUCUUCUUCAACCUGCUUGCCUCAAUGGUAAAACCAUGUAUUCCCAGUGAUAUAAAGCCAGUAUUUGAAAUUGGGUGUGUUUCCUUGUUUGGCCGCUUGGAUCAAGUUUACUUGACUCCCAACGUGGAGACGGCCAACAAAAAGUUCAUGGCUAGAUUUGAGGGCAGUUUACAAGUACGGUAUCAGAAUGCAAGCGGGUUCAGCCUGUAGUCUCUGGGGAAUGAAGUUGGAAGUGCUGGGUUGAGCUACAAACGAGCUGACACUUGCAUAGGAAGCGCCCGCAGAUUCCAGGGCCUAGCUAGGCGGCAGCACAAAGCAAUGGAUACGGUAUCUCUUGUAGGCUAGCUAUAUAACAGCUUCAAAAAUUGCUAUCCCUUCCUCUGUGUUGUCUCGAUUUCCAUCUGCUUCCCUUUUAGUGCUCUUGCGGCAGGGAAUUCUAUUCUGACUUCAAUGUUAAAUGGAAGCAUACCGGUACGAUCCUCGAUCUCCUUUUCAUUCUUCAGGACCGAGGA